AUGCUUCAAAGUGGGUUCCCAGGAGUGUCAGGCCCCAGGAACCUCAGAGUCACCCAGGGACAGGCAUUCAGAAAGUCCCCUCCCUCCCUGGGGCUGUGGGCGGGGUUAGAAAAAGGUUUCAGUUUUGUUUCCUAGUCUGCUAAGGAGGAAACUCAUCAGGAAACCUCCGGCGGUGGAACGUGGAGGGAGACUUCCAGGUGUGCGGGAACUGCAGAAGCAGCGUGCCCUCUGCCCACUUCAUCAUCCAUGAAGCCCACUGCCUGCGCUUCCUGGUCUUUUGCUCCAAGUGUGAGGAGCCUGUCCCAGGGGUGAAGAUGGAGGAGCAUUGUGAGCAGAGGCACACGCAGGUCACAUGUGUGAUGUGUCAGCAGAGUGUGCAGAAGUCCUUGCUGGAGUUGCAUGAGACCAAGGAAUGCCAAGAGCGCCCUGUCAAGUGCAAGUUCUGUGAGCUGACCGUGUACUUCAGCAAGCUAGAGACCCACGAGUCCCACUGUGGCAGCCGAACUGAGCGCUGCCCACACUGUGACCAGCUUCUCUUGCUCUGGCAGCUGGCCCAGCACAAAGAUGUUUGUCAGCGUGAACAGGCUCUGCUCAGGGAAGGAAAAGGAUCUGCAGUUCCUGAAAGGAAAAUCUACUGUAAUUAUUGCAAUGAAAUGAUUACAGGAAGUAAGCACAACCACUAUAUGGAUGACUGUUCUGCAGCCUCAGCCCUCCUGAAAAACCUGCUUAGAUCCUUUCCAAGUCGGACUGGUGGAAAUCAAACUCCCACAGCAGAGAAAGAUGUCCGUCCAAAGACAAAAAAUACAAACAGAUUUCCUCUUCCUUCUGAAAAUUCAACAAAACAAGCACCAAGAGAGAAAAGCAGGACCAUGGAUCUGCCUUCAGUAUCUGAGCUCAAGUCAAGGACUGCCUCUCCUACAGGAAACAAGACAGCCUAUGACAUUCUGAGGAAGUGUUCACAGUGCGGCAUCCUGCUUCCCCUGCCCACCCUAAUGCAACAUCAGGUAAAAUGCAGAUGGUUAGCUUCCUCAAAAGGAGAGCAAGUGAGAAAAUCCAGCUAGAUUUGGAAAGAAGAAGUACUGUGAAUUUGGAAGAUCUCCUGUUUGCACCAGCUUCCAUGGUGGUCUCUGCUUAUGAAAGGAGAUGGGUUUUAUUCCUUCGUAUUUAGAAGAAAAAGUUUGCGCUUUAAGUAUGUUCCCUCUUUUGAACAAAGACAUUGGUUUGCUCAAGGGCUCCAGGUAACCAGGAGAAAAAAAAGAUUCCAGUUCUUCUGGCUUGGCAUUCUGGUUAAACUUCCAGCUGGGGUGCCUAAGAGACCCCAGCUUUGUCCCUGAAGAAUAAAAACACUUUCCUUGAAA